GCCUGAAGCCUUGCUAGCUAAGCCCGAAAAAGUAGAAAAGCAUGUCAGCAUCUCCAAAAUCGAUCGGAACAUAUAUACUACAAACACAACUUCUCAGUGAUCUUUCUCUUCAAAAGUCCAAGAGAUUUCUUGGGUGUUCUUCAUUAUCUCUUCUUUUUGUCAAUUCUUGUAAGCUAUGGCUGGGAAAGACCAGGGUCCGGCGAUUGGGAUCGAUUUGGGAACAUGCUACUCCUGCGUGGCAGUGUGGAAACAUAAUCAGGUGGAGAUCAUACCCAAUGAUCUUGGGAACCGGAAAACACCAUCUUUUGUUGCUUUCAAUGAAACUCACCGUUUGAUCGGUCAGGCGGCAAUGGACCAGGUAGCCAUGAAUCCUACCAACACUGUUUUUGACUCUAAACGUUUGAUUGGAAGGCGAUACAAUGAUGCCUCAGUGCAACAUGACAUGCAAUUCUGGCCAUUCAAGGUGAUUGCUGACCCUGAUAAUGGGAGACCCAUUAUUGUUGUUAACUACAUGUAUGAGGAAAAACAGUUUCUGGCUGAAGAAAUCUCUUCAAUGAUUCUCAUAAAGAUGAAAGAGAUUGCAGAGGCUUAUUGUGGUUCAAAGAUCAAGAAUGCUGUUAUCUCUGUUCCUGCUUGUUUCAAUCACUCGCAACGUCAAGCCACAAUGGAUGCUGGUAUCAUUGCUGGCCUAAAUGUGAUGCGUAUUAUCAAUGAGCCAAGUGCUGCUGCUUGUGCAUAUGGGCUUGACAAGGAGUGUGGUACUGGUUUGAUGAAUGUGCUCAUCUUUGAUCUUGGUGGUGGCACGUUGGAUGUCGCACUUCUCACCAUUGAAGGGGGCGUCUUUGAAGUGAAAGCUGUAGCUGGUGAUACCCACUUGGGAGGUGAAGAUUUUGACCGUAGAAUGAUGAACCAUUUUGUUCAAGAGUUCAAAAGAAAACAUAUGAAGACAAUUACUGGAGUUAAGGCUCUUAGGAAAUUGUGGACUGCUUGUGAAAGGGCCAAGAGGAUUUUGUCAUCUAAUACUCGGACAACGAUUGAGAUUGAUUCUUUGUACGAGGGUAUUGACUUCUACUCAAAAAUCACUCGAGCAAGAUUCGAGGAGCUUAACUCGGAUUUAUUCCGGAAGUGUAUAGAGCCUGUUGAGAAGUGUUUGACGGAUGCUAAGAUGGACAAGAGCAGUGUCCAUGAUGUGGUUCUGGUUGGAGAGUCUACCAGGAUCCCCAAGGUUCAAAAAUUGUUGCAGGACUUCUUCAAUGGGAAGGAGCUCUGCAAAAGGAUUAACCCUGACGAGGCGGUUGCCUAUGGCGCUGCUGUUCAGGCCGCAAUUCUUAGCGGUGAGGGUAAUGAGAAGGUGCAGGGCUUGUUGUUGCUGGAUGUUACUCCUCUUUCGCUUGGUUUGGAGACUGCUGGAGGUGUCAUGACUGUUUUGAUUCCAAGGAACACUGCCAUUCCCACUAAGAAGGAGCAGGUGUUCUCGACCCAACGCGAGAACCAAUCUGUUGUGCUGAUUCAGGUGUAUGAGGGUGAACGAAGCAGAGCCCACGACAACAACUUUCUGGGCAAGUUCGAGUUAUCUGGCAUUCCUCCUGCUCCUCGGGGAGUUCCUCAAAUCCAAGUGUGCUUUGGCAUUGAUUCCAGUGGUAUUUUGGAUGUCUCUGCAGAGGAUAAAACCACUGGAAAUAAGAACAAAAUUACAAUCACCAAUACGGGCAGGCUCUCCAACGAAGAGAUCGACAAGUUAGUGCAGGAGGCUAAGAAGUACAAGGCUGACGAUGAGGAGCAUAACAUGAAGGUGGAGAAAAAGAAUGCGCUGGAGAAGUAUGCCUGCAGCUUGAGGAAAACAAUUAAAGAUGACAAGUUUUCAGCCAAGGUCCCAUCUGCUAUCAAGAAGAAGAUUGAGGACGCAAUUGAGCAGGCUAUUAAUUGGCUCGAACUGAACCAACUUGCUUCGGCAGACGAAUUUGAAUUCCAGAUGAGCGAGCUGGAGAGUAUUUGCAAACCGUUCAUUAUGAACCAGGCAGAGGAGGCACCGGCUGAUCAGCAGUACGUGGCCAUCCCCGAGGAUAGGGAGCAUGAGAAGAAGGUUGAAGCAAAGAAAGUAUUGGAAAAUUGUGCUUACUACAUGAGGUACAAAAUGAGGGAGGUGAAGAAUGCUUUGGCAAAGACUGAAGAUGCAAUUGAGCAGACUAUCCAGUGGCUUGAAAGGAACCAGCUUGUGGAGGCACAUGAGUUUGAGAAUAGGACAAAGGAGCUGGAGGGUAUUUGUCACCCUUUAAUUGCCAAGAUGUACCAAGGAGCUAGUAGUGAUCAUAAGAGUUGAUAAAUUUAGCAUCGCAGGCGCCUAUAAAAGUCUCCAUCUGUAAAUUUAUUUCUAACUUACUAAGAAUGUUGCAGUAUAUAAUCUGGUUUUGGUUUGUGGGUAGUAUAGGGUAGAGGCUUGCAUAUAAUUCCAUUGCAAACAUAGCAAUGUGUGAGAAUAUAAUUCUUGAGUCAAUAUGUUUUCGCUCUUAUCAAUCUGUCGAGGGUUGUAGUUUCAUAUAUAGGCACCACGUUACAA